AGCCCAUGUCUGUUUUAUACAUUGGCUGGUUUCCGACGUUUUUCUCAUCGUCGCCGGCGUUUUCUCAGUCACCGUUGUAUUCUCUUCGUCACCGUUAUUAUCUCCUCCCUCGUGGGUGUUUCUUUACGUUUCUGUUGUCGACUUCGAAGUGUCUCUGACUCUGUGCUCUGAACGGUUUCAGGAGAUUUCUAGCGGUUUCCGAAAAGGAUGUACGUGUUUCUCAAGGACAUAGUUCCGGCGGCGCAGAACAACAUAUACACGCGUUUCAUCAUCCUCGAUAAAGCCAAACCAGGGGUGGCGGCGAGCGGAAAGAGUUGUCUCGCGUUGGCGGCGGAUGAAACGGCGGCGGUUCACAUACAGCUAUGGGGAGAAGAGUGCGACGCGUUCGAGGCAGGCGAUAUCGUGAAGCUCACCAAUGGAAUAUUCUCGUACGUGCGAAACAGUGCGCUCGUUCUCAGAGCUGGGAAGCGUGGGAAGAUGGAGAAGAUGGGUGAAUUCACGAUUGCGUUUGUCGAAACGCCAAACGUUAGUGAGAUCCUGUGGAAUCCCGAUCCGGGAAAUUCCAAACUCUAUAUUCAAAACGGUGUCACUUCACCUUAUUCCCGUAUCUUUCCACCUUUGCCUUGAAAACACAAACUAUAAUACUCAACACAAAAGUCAUCAUUCUGUUUUUAGA